GAGAAACUUAAGAACCUUAUGCAACCCUUUCCAUGCUGUGGAAUAACUACCAGAGCUGCUGCCAAUCUGCCUGCGCUGGGAUUGGUCUUCACCUCUGAUUCCACAUCACUUGCUCUGUUACCUUCAUUGAGUGGCCUCAUUUAUGCACAAACCAAAGAAUCAGAGUCCACAUCUUUUAGACAGAUGGAGACUGUACAAACACCACUUCUCUUUUCAAAUGCCUGCAGGAAAAUCUCUACUCCUUUCCUUGUUGAGCUGGUGGAAAUCAUGCAAGUAUUGACACCAGAAGUUCUGUGUUCAAGUCCCAACCACCAGCUGUUGGCUUGAAGUAUGAAUUUCCCACCAAUAAAGCAGGGAUAAUAAGAACUAUUGCUGACUGAUCUGGAAGGGGCGGUCCCUGAGCAGCUAUUUUCCUCCCAUUGCUUCACUUAGACAUUGUGACAAUGUUUUCACUAACUCUGUUCACUUCUUAAAAUGAUGAACAAAAGAAGUAGAAUAUCGCUAAUGUGUGUAUACAUUGCAUCAAGCCAUAGCCAGGCCCUUCCUGUAGGCCUUUCUGUAUUAUAAAGAAUGAAUUAAUACAUACAAAUGUUCAACCUUUUUCAAUGCUUUAAAGAAACUUGUGAAAAGAAGCGAUAGUUUUCCAGUGCUUCCUAAACCACCUCUUACUUUUUCCUCCCUUGGUAAAUAAGACAGUGAUUUUAGCAAGGACAGCAGACUCGCUGUCCCUGCCAUGUUCCACGGCAACGGUAGACAUGAUUAAUCGAUAACAGCUUUUCCUUCCUCAUCACGUGAGAACAGCUUCAGGGUGCCUUACAGUAACUGACAUCAGGAGGCCACUAGACAAUGAUCAGAGGUUUUGGCUUAAAUGAAACUUACUUCUGUUUUUAGCUGUGCACACAUUCUUCUGUUCCACCUAUAUUGAAAAAUUGGUCCUUUACAAAUAUUCAAUAAUUCAUCUCCACCCAAACUCUGCCUCAUCCACAGCUACUACCUUCAAAAAAAUCUCUAAUUUUGUGUUUUCAAUGAUGGUGUACACACUCAAGAAUAGUUUCCAUCAUGUUGUAUCAAUUUAUUGAUGACUGUACAAUUACAAACUUGUUUGAAUUUUUAUCAUACUUUCAAAUUUGCAUGGUCAUUGUUUUAUAUUUUCACCUUUCUUUUGGAAAUCAUGCCAAACCACAGCUUUGUGACUGAAUUUGUCCUCCUGGGACUUUCACAGAAUCCAAACCUUCAGAAAAUGGUAUUUGUUGUAUUUUUGUUUGUCUAUGUUGCAACUAUUGGGGGCAACAUGCUAAUUGUGGGGACCGUCGUCUGCAGCCCUGCUCUGCUGGAAUGCCCCAUGUACUUCUUCUUGGCCUUCCUGUCCUUCCUGGAUGCCUGCUUCUCCUCUGUCAUCACACCAAAGAUGAUUGCUGACUCCCUCUGUGAGAGAAAAACCAUCUCCUUUGAAGGCUGCAUGGUGCAGCUCUUUGCUGAACACUUCCUUGCUGGGGUGGAGGUGAUUGUGCUCACAGCCAUGGCCUACGACCGCUACGUGGCCAUCUGCAAGCCCCUGCGCUACUCUUCCAUCAUGAACAGGAGGCUCUGUCAUGCUCUGAUGGGUGUAGCCUGGACGGGGGGCUUCCUGCAUUCCAUCAUCCAAAUUCUCUUCACUUUCCAGCUCCCCUUUUGUGGCCCCAAUGUCAUUGACCACUUCAUGUGUGACCUGUACCCAUUGCUGAAGCUUGCCUGCACCGACACACACAUCUUUGGCCUUUUGGUGGUUGCCAACAGUGGGUCCAUCUGCAUUAUCAUCUUCUCCCUGUUGAUCCUCUCCUACGGUGUCAUCUUGUUCUCUCUGAGGAAGCACAGUUCUGAAGGGCAGAGGAAGGCUCUGUCCACCUGUGGGUCCCACAUUGCUGUUGUGCUUUUGUUCUUCAUCCCAUGCAUAUUUAUAUAUGCACGGCCCCCAUCCGCCUUCUCCUUUGACAAAAUGGUGGCCAUUUUUUACACCAUGCUAACUCCGUUGCUCAACCCUUUGAUUUACACUUUUAGGAAUAAGGAUGUGAAAAAUGCUAUAAGAAAAAUGUGGAACAGAUUGGUGGCAAUUUCUGGUGAAGAGUAAAAGUCAAUCACUUUUCAAAUAUCAAAAUCAUGUGUAAAGCAGUCAAAAGAUGCAAUGUGUUACUGCAUGUCUAUAGAAAUAGCCUUCCUGUGGUUGUAAGAUGUCUUUACUUUCCCUUUAGGCACUACU